AUGGCUCAAACAGUUGGCGUCGCUGGAAUUACUGGAAAGUUUGCACGCUGUGUAGUAAAAAGCUUACUCCAGAAUCCUGGAAUUUCAGUGCGUGGCUUCUGUCGAGACCCGAGCAAGUUUCCAGCGUCCAUCGCAGCUUCAUCUAGGAUCCACAUUGUCAAAGGAGAGUUCAACGACAAGGUUUCUCUACAAGAUUUUGUGGCAGGUACCGAUGUGGUGAUCUGCUGCUACCUUGGCAACGCAGACCUCAUGUCCGAGGGCCAGAAACUCCUUAUUGAUGCUUGCGUGACGAAGAAUGUUCCACGGUACAUUGCAGGCGACUUCUCGGUUGAUAUUACCAACAUCCCAUACGGUGCUCUUCCUCCAAAAGAUCCAUGCAAAGACAUCAUGAAAUAUCUUGAUUCAACUGAUAUUCAGGGUGUCCAUAUCCUCAUCGGGGUCUUUAUGGAGACGUUCUGGAGCGACUUUAUGCAAAUCUGGGACCCAAAGCAGAAGAAGCUUUCUCACUGGGGUACAGGCUACGAAAUAUGGGAGUCAACAACUUAUGGGACUGAAGCCGACUAUACAGUCGCAGUAGCGAUGGAUAAGACGGCGGUUGGAAUUCAGCAGUUCCUCGGUGAUCGCAAAAGCCUCAUCGAAAUCGUAGAGGUUUUCGCCAAGGUCUACGGUUAUAAACCCAAUCUCCGCAAUCUUGGUUCAUUAGAAGACUUGCACCAAAGCAUGCAUAAGAGUCUGCAGUCAAACCCUGCUGAUGUUAUGGCUUGGAUGCCUAAGUUCUUUUUCUAUUGGAGCCAAAACGAAGACGCCUGCUUGAAAAGAGACUUGGAUAAUACCAACUAUCCUCACGUCGUGCCGAUGACCUUUGAGGAUUUCUUCAGACGUCACCAAAUUGAUGGGUUGGCUUCUGCUGCCGAUAAUCUUACGUCCGAGGCCUGA